UAUGUAACGUUACGUAGAUAGACAAAAAGCAUUGUGGCGAAAACAUGAGGUUGAAUGGGAAUAUUUACGGCCGCUCUUAGGGAUAAAAAAAGUCAAAUUAGCUAAAAAUACCUCAACUUACUUCCACAGUGCAUCGCUUGUUGUAUGACAGCUUACUUUAUUGAAACGAGGCCGUUUUAGCGAGUUAUCCAUUCUUAGGUUUCUUACUCUUAAGAGAAGGACAAGGCUGCACACUCCAUUACCGAGAAGCGAAAAAUUCAAGCUCAAAUGACCAGGCGGCCACAAAUCCAGCGCAGAAUCCAAGCACGUGAAUUGAACAGUAGCUUAAUUUCAAUUCACCACCAACUCAUGAUCAGUCCUUAAUCCGGUGGUUUCAACAAAGUGAGCGGUCAGACAACAAUUGAUGUACUGUGGAAGUAAAAAGCAAUGAGAAUUUAAGAGCGGUCGUAAAUAUUCCCAUAAUUUCGCCACGACGCUUCUUACGCAAGAUGAUCAUCUCACAGCUGGAGCUUGGGCCGCCUGCAAUGUACUAAGAAAACUUGUGUGUGUAUGAGAGCUAGAUCCAAAUUAAUUCCACAGUUUCAUCGUAGGAUUCCUGAAACGCUGACAAGUAAGACGCAGUCGGGUGGAAAGCCCUCCUGAAUAAUCCCUAUGUCGUAUUUGGGUCGUAUAAAUGAAUUUGCGCCGGCAGCGAUUGGAAACAUGUGAAACGCAUCAAUUUGAUCGCAUUGUGCAUUCAUAAUGACAUAGUUUUCACACAUGAGUGGCACCCGAAAUGAACAAAACGAGGAUUUUCAUUUUGGUUGUAGGCUCAUCAGCGAUGUAAAUUCAACAAACACAGUGAACCGCGUUGACGGUGUGAAGUUAAAGAACUGAAGUUUAAGAACUUGUGUUUAAGUACUUAUAUGUGUUUCCUUCGGUUGUUCUCAUCCACCGGAGAAGCGACAUACUCAUGGUAUUAACCCAUUGCCUCGCUAACUACUGGAAAUCUAAGGUGUUCCUUGCCCACAGAACUGAAAUCAUUUUAGGUGUAUUCAAUAGUGAUAUCUAUUAAUAUGGUUUAUAUUAAGACCGUUUUUAUAGAGAAAUGUUAUACAUCUUACACUACACAUUUUCGAUUGUUCGUGUAAUUCGUAGAUUUGUGCACCGGUUUUGGAGAAAUAUGUUAUGUAACCGCGGCUUGCGGUCCGCGGUUUGUGUAUGAAUGCUAUUCUCGAGAUGAAGAGUACUGGGAACGAGGUUGAGUGAGUCUCUAAGAGCACCAAAAAAAAAAUUCUUGAAGAUGCCUAAAUCUUUUACACCCCAACAUCAGUAUGCAUGGUCUCCAUACUGUUCCAUACACAUUUUCAAAGGUAUUUACAUAGAGAAUUUUCUUAACAGUCAAGAUAUUUCCUUUUGAAUCUUUUGCUCUUUUUCUUUUACAAAAAUGCAAACAUCAGUUACGUAGCGUCCCAUCUCAGCUCAUCCAUCAAAAACAAAAACAAAAAAGUCUUGCAUACGUAGCAUGCCUAUGUUUUGAUCUUACGAUUAUUUCCUUUAUUCACGUGCAAGGAGAAAUCCUUGCCAGCCAUUCUUAAAAGGAUUAACUUGUUUUGUAUCUUCUUAUUUGUAGCCUUUUUUCAAGAUCUUUUUGCCAUAUCUUUUUUUGUUCUGUUUCAUAUAUUUUCGUAGACAAACUUUCUUACUUGGACAACUCUAUCAUGAAGUCAACCUCUGAAGUUAAAACAGACGAUGGCCACUCGGUUGUAAACGGCUCAGCGCACAAGUACUCUGGGGAAUCUACUACACAGAAUGGCCAUGUAUCUGCCAAACAGAAUAGUCACGUGCCUGACUUGCAGAAUGGUCACGUGCCUGACUUGCGGAAUGGUCACGUGCCUGACUUGCAGAAUGGUCACGUGCCUGACUUGCAGAAUGGUCACGUCGCAGAAACACAGAAUGGUUACGUGGCAGAAACACAAAAUGAUUACGUGGGUCCGUCAGCCUCCGAUUCACAGCAUGACACUGCUCAGCUGCUCGUUAAAAGGAGAAAAGUAGGAAACCGGGUCCAGGAUGCCGAGAGAGUUAGAACCAAAAAUGAAAUUAUCAAUUUGUCCCCAGGCCUACCAGGUUUCAGCGCCAAUAUUAUAGGAUUCCUCAUGUUGCUAUGGCCACCAGUCUGUGUUGCCUUCUUCUGGCACGCCUGUCACGCAUAUCAGUGCUCUCUUGGAGAUUUGGGGGGGCAAGUGCUGCACGAGAUAUCCGCCUGGACCAUCAUCGUCUUCGCGAGACGAAACAUCCCGGAAGUUAGCGCAGGUUCGAUAAUGUUGUACAGCGCGUGGAUGCUUCUGCAAGUGUUUUUGUUCUUGGUACUUCCUGGUCGCAUCAGACGUGGAACAGCUACGCCUGCUGGAAACGUACUGACCUAUAACUGUAAUGGCUUAAGUGCUUGGGUUGUGUCUCACGUUCUGUUCUUUAUCUUGGUGAAAAUGGGCCUGAUACAGGCAACGAUUAUCAGCGACAACUGGGGAGCCUUGAUGGUCAUUUCCAAUGUGUUUGGCUUCAGCUUGGCCCUCUUCUCCUACGUCAAAGCGCAUUAUUUUCCGAGUCAUCCGGAAGAUCGGUGUUUCAGUGGAUCGUGUUUCUACGACUUCUUUAUGGGUAUCGAGCACAACCCCAGGAUUGGUGCUUUUGAUUUCAAGUUGUUUUUCAACGGAAGGCCUGGAAUUGUGGCCUGGACAUUGAUCAACCUGUCAUUCGCUGCCAAGCAGUACAAGGACUUUGGUUACGUUAGUAACACAAUGAUUCUCGUCAACCUAUUGCACGCUACUUAUGUUGUUGACUUCUUCCUCAACGAAUCCUGGUAUCUGCGCACUAUCGACAUCGCCCACGACCACUUUGGCUUCUACUUGGCCUGGGGAGACACAGUCUGGCUUCCCUUCAUGUAUACUCUACAAAGUGUUUACCUGGCCCGAAAUCCAGUGAACCUGCCCUGGUGGGGAUGUGCAGCCACCCUCUUAAUGGGUUUGACGGGUUACUUGAUCUUCCGAUCUGUCAAUCACCAAAAAGAUUACUUCCGGGUGGAGAUGAAGACGAAUGGUAAAUGUACUAUCUGGGGCAAACCUGCUCGGUACAUUUUAGCACCUUAUGCCACCACCGACUCCAAGCAACAAGUCUCUUUCCUUCUGGCUUCUGGUUGGUGGGGACUCUCCCGCCAUUUCAAUUACGUCGGCGACUUGCUAAACGCGUUGUCGUACUGCUUAGCGUGUGGGUUUGGUCACGUGUUGCCGUAUUUCUAUAUUGUUUUCAUGUUGUGCCUUCUGAUUCACCGUUCGUACCGUGACGACGUAAGAUGCAGGCAGAAGUAUGGCGUGCACUGGGAGAAGUACUGUGAAAUAGUACCCUACAGGAUCAUUCCGUACGUGUUCUGAAAAAAGUUGAAAAUGCCAGUAUCUGCACCUAUAUGUUUGCUUUUUUCGCAGAAAAACAAAUUUGCCAUCAAACGACAUGAUACAAAUUUGCCACUAAUGAACAACAGGGGAGCAUAGGGUCAAGCAGUCUUGUGGUCGGUAGAUGUGGACAUAACUUCAUGAACACGUCUGUUACUUAUUUAUCUUGGUGUUGGGAAUUUAAAAUUGAUAUUUAUCACAAGUUCAUUAUAUUCGGUGAAAUAAUCAGUCACCGCGAGAAAAUAAUUUUUCUAUACCCGUAUUAUACUUGCUGCUAACUGUUAGCAGUAUUGAUCAUAAAAAUUACAAUUUCCUCGCUUGUGAUUGGUUUAAAAAAAACUCCUGUUUUCCACUAAUACACUUGCCAAGUUGUUAUCGGACAGUUUGUCAUCAGAAAGUUCAAUAAGCCAAUCACAUUCAAAGUUGUAGUUUAAGUCAACCAAUCAUAUUCAAAGUUGUUAUUAAAAGUCAAUUUAAGAG